GCAGGAUCUGGUCUCUUUCUUUUCGUUUCCCGCCCCCAGAAUCCGGUACUUCUUUGAGCAACAGCUCUCCCCAUUCCUGCUGGUCAGCACUGCUUUUCUAUAGUCCACAUCAGUGCUUUCUUUUUCGAACCACCAAACGACAAUGGUUCGGUUCACUACCAUUCUCAGCACGCUUGCUGUGACUACCGCAUCCGUGCAAGCCUUCCCCGGCGCCUGGCUUCUCCAAGCACGACAGAACAUCCCCGAUCCGGCAGGCGAGAAGAACGUCGGCAACGGCAAAGGCCUUCAGUUUAUCGGCGGACAAUGCCUCAGCGAAGCCGACUGCGGGUCCCAAUGCUGUGCAACCCUUGCCCGCGGUGGUGAUGUCAUUGGCGUUUGCUCCGGCUUGGGCGCUCAAUUCCAAGCUGGCAAGCAAGGCUGUGGCUUU